AUGGCCACACAAUCAACUCCCCGCGGCCGCAUCCGCGAUGUUCUCCCCAAACUCGACCUCGGAAGAUGGCCGGCGGGACCCAAGAACUCCAUCACCGAUGUUCCCGGCGUCCUCGCCUCAACGCAAAGUAUCCGCACAGAAGAGGGCGUCAAUACCGGCGUAACAGUCAUCCUCCCCCGCCGUGAAUGGUUCAAGGAAGCCUGCUACGCCGGCAUCUUCCGCUUCAACGGCUCCGGAGAGCUGACGGGAUCCCACUGGAUCGAGGAGACCGGCCUCCUCGCCAGCCCCAUCGUGCUGACCAACUCCUUCUCGGUGGGCGACGCAUACCGCGGCAUCUACGAGUACGCCAUCAAGCAUUACUCCAACGACAAGGGAGAAAUCGAGUGGUUUCUACUCCCCGUCGUCGGUGAGACCUUUGAUGGGUUCCUCAACGACAUCUCCAAGUUGGCCGUCACAUCCGCACACGUCGUCAAGGGAAUCGAUUCGGUGACGGACGACCCGGUCCCCGAGGGCAACACGGGCGGCGGCACGGGCAUGAUCUGCCACUGGUUCAAAGGCGGUACCGGAUCCUCGUCCCGCGUCGUCCCGGGGAUCGACAGCGAGGGCAACACAAAGAGCUACACCGUCGCCGCGCUUGUGCAGGCCAACUACGGCAGGGCAGCCCACCUGCGCAUCGGCGGCUUCCCCGUCGGCCGCACCCUCGCAAAGGAGAAGAAGGACACGCUGGCCGAGAUCAUGGCGCACAAAGACAAGAAGGACGGCUCCAUCAUCGUCACCAUUGCCACCGACGCGCCCCUGACACCCAUACAGUGUCAGAGGCUCGCCAAGAGGGCUACCGUUGGAUUGGCGAGGGUCGGUGGCUACGGACACAACCCUUCGGGCGACAUCUUCCUCGCAUUCUCUACGGGCAAUCAUGUUCCUGUGCAGACGAUGACAACGGAGGGGGCAGAGGUGGAUCCAUUCAAGGCCAAGGCGCUCAAGGUUGAGUCGAUUGACGACACGAGCAUCAAUGGGCUUUUGGAAGCUGCGGCGGAUGCGACGGAGGAGAGCAUUUACAACGCCUUGUGCUCGGCUGAGACUUUGAAGGGUUUCUUGGGACACACGGUUGAGGAGCUGCCUUUGGAUCGAUUGAAGGAGCUUAUGCAAAAGUAUGAAUAUGACUCGUGA